CCUGGCGGCGCUGUCAGCCGCGGCUCCCUGGGGCACGCAAAAAAACUCGAGGAAGGCGGGACGCAGAGCGGGACCACCGCAGGGGCGGGGCUGGCGGGCGGGGGGCGGGGGCCCUCCCUCCCCGCGGGACCCCGCCUGUUCCGACGUCCGCGGCGGCGCGGCCAUGAAGCUGAAGCUGAAGAACGUGUUUCUCGCCUACUUCCUAGUGUCAAUCGCGGGCCUCCUCUACGCGCUGGUGCAGCUCGGCCAGCCAUGUGACUGCCUCCUUCCCCUGAGGGCAGCAGCUGAGCAGCUUCGCCAGAAGGAUCUGAAGAUUUCCCAGCUGCAAGAGAACCUCCGACGCCCACCCCCUGCCCCUGCCCAGCCUCCUGAACCCGAGGCCCUGCCUACUAUCUAUGUCAUUACCCCCACUUAUGCCAGGCUGGUACAGAAGGCAGAACUGGUACGACUAUCCCAGACCCUGAGCCUGGUGCCCCGGCUGCACUGGCUGCUGGUGGAGGACGCUGAGGGCCCUACCCCUCUGGUGUCCAAGCUCCUGGCUGCCUCCCAUCUCCUCUUUACACACCUGGCAGUCCUCACCCCCAAGGCCCAGCGGCUUCGGGAAGGCGAGCCAGGCUGGGUUCGGCCCCGUGGUGUAGAGCAGCGGAACAAAGCUCUGGAUUGGCUCCGGGGUAGAGGGGGUGCUGUGGGAGGGGAGAAGGACCCACCACCACCAGGGACCCAGGGAGUCGUGUAUUUUGCUGAUGAUGACAACACCUACAGCCAGGAACUCUUUGAGGAGAUGCGCUGGACCCAUGGUGUCUCAGUAUGGCCUGUAGGGCUGGUGGGCGGCCUGCGAUUUGAAGGCCCACAGGUACAGGAUGGCCGGGUUGUGGGCUUCCACACGGCAUGGGAACCCAACAGGCCCUUCCCCAUGGACAUGGCAGGAUUUGCUGUUGCCCUGCCCUUGCUGUUGGCUAAGCCCAAUGCCCAGUUUGAUGCUACUGCUCCCCGGGGCCACCUGGAGAGCAGUCUCCUAAGUCAUCUUGUGGAUCCCAAGGACCUGGAGCCAAGGGCUGCCAACUGUACUCGGGUACUGGUGUGGCACACACGGACGGAGAAGCCCAAGAUGAAGCAGGAGGAGCAGCUCCAGCGACAGGGCCGGGGUUCAAAUCCAGACAUUGAGGUGUGAUGGUGUUCUCAUUCCAACUUCCACCUCAUUUCAGACACAGACCUUGUGGGACUAGGCCCCAGGUCUGCCCAGAUGUGGUUUUCUAUGUCCUGAUUCCUUAGCAGAGGCAGCCCCUCUGGCCCCAGGGUGUGGCCCAGCUGCUUCUCCCUUCUCUCAGCCUGCCAUGUGGCACUGCCCACAGGCUGGAGACAAGCAGCCGUUGUAUUGAGCCAGGUCAGCUCUAUCUGGGGUGGAGCAGGACAGAUGGACUCAGGAGGGAGGGUGGCUGAGGAACUGGGUAACUUAUUGGGGCUGGGCAUGCACUGGAGGGUUGGAGAAGUUAGGCUGGACCCUCCCCACCUGAGCAUGCGGACCCCCUCCUACCUCCAGAAUAAAGACUCUCAAUCUGGA